AUGUCAGAUUGCGCGCUGGUGACCAGUGUAAACGAGCACGAUGCCAGUAUGGAUGUGGGGAACGAUAAAUCUCUCUUUGAGCCUACUGUUGAGAUGAUGGUAAAUGAUUUUGAUGACGAAAGGACCUUAGACGAAGAAGAGGCCUUGGCUGCUGGUGAGCACCAGGACCCUAAAGCGGAACUUAACAAUUUGCAAAAAGAAGGGGAUAUGCCCCUUGAAGAAUUACUAGCACUGUACGGAUACAAUAGAAACAUGGACAAACCUGUUCCAGAACAACCACCAGAAGCAGUUCCAGAAGAGACUGAAAAAUCUGAGUCUGCUUUACAGCAGCUUUAUACUGAAACAAAUAAUCCAGAAGCAACUCGUUGUUUGCGAUCUGGUUCUAGGCCCCCAUCUGAAGAGGAAGAUGAUUAUGAUUACAGUCCAGAUGAAGAUGAUUGGAAAAAAACUAUAAUGGUUGGUAGUGACUACCAAGCUGGUAUACCAGAAGGAUUAUGUAGCUAUGAUGAUGCUUUACCAUAUGAAAAUGAGGAUAAAUUAUUAUGGAACCCUAAUAUAUUAGAUGAAAAAGUUAUUGAAGACUACAUUAAAAAAAUAUGUUCAUUGAAUUCAACUACUGGUAUUGAUGCUGUACCUCUUGGUAAGCAGUUACGUGAUGAUGAAGAAGCUUUAUUUCUUCUCCAACAGUGUGGGCACAAUGUAGAUGAAGCUUUAAGGAGGCGACGCAUAUCCUCUCAGACUCCAGCUCAUGCAAAUGUUUGGUCAGAAGAAGAAUGUCGAAACUUUGAAAGUGGUAUUAAAAUACAUGGUAAGGAUUUUCAUUCAAUAAGACAGCAAAAGGUAAAGACAAGAUCCGUAGGAGAACUAGUACAAUUUUAUUAUAUCUGGAAGAAGACAGAAAGACAUGACAUCUUUGCAAAUAAAACUCGAUUGGAAAAGAAAAAAUACAAUUUGCAUCCAGGUCACACAGAUUAUAUGGAUAGGUUUUUGGAAGAACAAGAAGCAACAGGAAGUGUGGUUCGUCCCGUGUCACCCUCUAUGAUGGUAUAUGUGCCUUCUCCUGCUACACAACCGGAUCCGUUAGCACUGGGAGAAAAAGAAGUGUUCUCUCAAUUAGCGCAUACAUCACCUCCCCGAACCUUAUCAACAGAGGAACCAGAAAUGGAAAAUAUUUCCUAA